AUGAGUCACUUUGUGGGUUACUUUGGUAGUGUUUUCGAGAAUGAAAUCAAGCAACGCCUCGUUGAUGCCGUCGAAGCGUUUCAUGCUUCCGCCAUUAAGGUCCCUGAAUGCGCACAAAGGAUACUGCGCGAGUUCAUGGCACCCUUAGUGGGCAACUUCAAGGUUGUAGAGGUAAUGGAACCACAGAUUGCGUUAGACAGGGAACUGCAAGUGUUAUAUACGUCGGAUCUCGCAGCAUCAUACGUGAUCCUGUUCACUCCGCUAAAAGUUAGACAAGAGCUAUACAAAUACCUCUGGGGGCAUGGAGCCUUCUUGGACGGGCAGAUUGAUUGGCUCUGCUGUCCUUGGGUACUAAACCAGGGUAAGCAUGAUGUGGAAUAUCACAAAGUUGCACUUGAUCUGACACAACUGAAAAGUGAAGAACUCGUAGAUAUCAUCCGUCUUCAUAAACACUAUCUGUCGACAGACUAUGUAAAACAACGUUCCAGGAGCGUACUGAAGCAAUUAGACAGACGAUCUCUGUUAUCAGUUUUUCAGUCGGUGAUGCUACGUGUGCUAUGGGGACAUGAGUCAGUUUCGGAUGAGCAGCAACCAGACGUCUAUGAUAAUUUCCUGGACUCAGCAGACUCGAAUAAGAGCACAACACAACCGGAUGAGGAUGAGAUUAAACGGAACACCUUAAGUGGUUGGCUGGAGGAGUAUCGUUCGAAACGUGAACAUAGGGAAGAUAAGGAGCACCUCAAACCUGAGAAACUGAACAUCAGAGAGACAGAUUAUGUCAAACAGAUGAACCGGUCGGUUAUGGUUAUCAACAAGCAUUUGGAGAGGUUUAACGAGCUGUUCAGGGGUUUACCUGGAGAUAUGUCUCUGAUGGUGGCCGCCAGAGCCCGAGGUCAUGAGUCAAUACAGUGGGCCCGCGAUAUCGGUGAUACAAUCACGAUCGAUAAGGUUAGAAGCGCUUUCAACACGCUACUUGACUUCUAUCAUGAUAAUCUUGAAAGUAACGCCGAUAUAUAUGGAAACCUACCGAACGAUCGCUGCUCGGGGCUGCUGAAAUUAUUGCUAUCAUAUGAGAAACAUGACCUAACAGCGUUACUGUCUGCUGUCCUUCUAGCACUUCCGGAAUUUAAGCCAAUAAAAACUGAACAGGAUUUCGCGCAGUAUGCUAUGUUGCCAUUUAACACAGUGGCAAAACUCUGUUUCAUUGCGUCAAUGCGCAUCAAUCCAGAUAUUGCGAAUGUAGAUGUAGGUAUGGAUGCGGACGAUUCAGGUGCCCAAGACAAUAACGAAACUUUAAAUGAGGAAAUGACAGAACGGGGUUUGGAAAUUACUGAUGAAGUUAUCUCAGGAAGCAGUGACGCCGAACCGGGCGAUGAGCACAAUACUAAAGAUGUGGUCAAAGAAGAUGGUGUGGGAUCCGAUGAAAUUGCGUCAAUGGUUUUCACAGUAGAAGAGUUUGACUCUGUCGCUGCAUACAUCGAUACCAGGCGUUGUACUGUGAUGGACGCACAUGUGGGUGACGAGCGUAAGAAAUGUGUCGUAUUAAAUUCACGCCGCACUAGACCUAUAACAGAAGCCAUACUGCUGCACCUGUCUAACUAUGCCGAUGUAUACGAUAUUCUCAAGGAACACAAUAUCGAACCGCCAAAUAUGGAUGAAGGGGACGAAACAAUGGAGGCAAUUCGGAAAUAUAAGUUAGCUGCUAUUUUAAAACGGAUGACUCUUGUUGAGCUGGACGAUCUUUAUGCAAAGGUCAUAAAGAGGUCUACUAUGCAUGAAAAUAUCCAAAUCCCGGAGGACAUAUACAAACUGACUUUCCAUAGCCUCCUGGGGAAACUCGAGGGAAGCCUCAACGACGAUCAGGUAUACUCCAAGAUAACGGAGUUGCUUACAAAGAUGGAAGAAACAGGUGAUGGCGAUAUAAGUCACAAUGUCACAAAGGCAACGGAGGCGUCUAAAGAUUUGGAGGACGUAACCACUGAUGAAGACAGUGAUUAUGAAUACGAUAGCAGUCAAACGUGGUCUGACUCAGAACCAUGUGGCCAAAUUAUGACGGAACGUGAUAACUACCUCAACCUUUUGGAGGGAGAGGAUCUGACACCGUUUCUUGACGACAGUUUUUCCAGCACUAACCCAGCGGAAAUGACCGAUGCCGAACUUCGGCGACUUGGAGAUCAGCUAAUCGCGCACAUUGAAAAGUCCGGUAAAUGUAGUAUCAUACACUAUAACCCGGUGGCAAGAAGAAAUACUAAUUCUAGUCUGAAAGCCCUUCCCUCGAACUUGGUGACGCCUAGGAAGCUUCUAGGAAACAACACAACUCCUUGUGUCAGGAAACAUGGUUUCAGGGUGUUCGCAUUACCUGAGAGGUUAACAUCGGAUCAACCGCUGUCAAAAGAUCUUGAUGUGUUGGACGGAGACCUAGAGGAAUCCGAACAGCAGUAUGCAGUUGGCUUGUUUCCCGAACGUAUGGCAGACCCUAAAGGGUUUACGUGGCAACACCAUGACACGAUGCCCAAAUUUGAGUUCAAAUCUAACCGAGUUGUGCGGGAUGGCUUAGAACCAUAUGUGCAAUCUUGGCAAGACUUGGGUCUGACAACGGACGUAUCACAAGCAGCGGUGGCAUGGAUUAGGAAGAAACUACUGGACACCAUCAACCGAACUGAGCAUUCCAACUUGGAAAUUUAUCCUACUGAAAUUCAGCGUAUGGCAAUCAACCAGCUGCUAAAUGUUGAAGGUGAUGUUCUAAUCGCUUCGAAUGCCGCAAGUGGUAAAACGCUGGCAUACCUGCUCCCUGUGAUACAGAAGCUGAAGUGUCAUGAGAAGUUAAAGCUUAGAUAUCCUAAUGCUCCUAGGGCCCUUAUACUUGUUCCAAGCCGGGAAUUAGCGGACCAAACUCUCGAUGUUCUUAAGGGAUUGAGCCACGUAGUGAGGAUAUCCAGUGAGAGCGUUGCAGGCGGGUCGUACAAGGGUAGACAGAGGGACCACAUGAAACGUCUUGUGGACAUUGUUGUGGCCACUCCUGAGCGUUUAAUGGAAAUGCUGAAUCAUGUGAAGUUGCAUCAAUUGCAGUUUUUGAUAAUAGAUGAAGCUGACACUAUGCUGAAUGAGGGAUUUUGGCCAGAUCUGUCCAAGGUCUUAGACGUCAUCAAGCAACCUUAUAGGCUCAUACAGGUGGCGGCGUCAUCCAAGUACCUGUUACAUUUUGAAAAGGUGCAAAGGGCACUUGCCAAAGUACCCAAUAUGAAAGGUGUACCUAACAACACGAGGAAAGUCAACGAGAAAUACCUCGAACGGCUUACUCGUUGCCACCAGUUGGUUGACACUGCUUGGGUAGAUCGACCUAAUCGUGGUGUAUCUCACGAGUUCCGCUACCUGAAAGGCAAAGAUAAAGGUCUUGAGCUGGUGAACCUGUUGAAAUACGAGGAUGUUCGCCGUUGCCGUAAAGUCUUGGUUUUCUGUAAUAACAUCAACAGUUGUCGAGCCGUGGAGUACAUCCUUACAGAUGCAGGGCUGCCGGCAACAAGUCUGCACGGGAAAGUACCGAUAAUGAAGCGCCGCAGGUCGUACGAAGAAUUCCUCAAAGGAUCUGAGGGUAUCUUGGUAUGCUCCGAUUUGGCUAGUCGUGGCCUAGAUUUCAACGCUGACGCUGUUAUAAUGUUCGACUUCCCACUGAAUAGUAUGGAUUACUUGAAGCGUUGUGGGCGUGUUGGCAGGAUGAUCCAUAAUGACGCUAUAGCCCCUAGAGGCUAUGCCAUCAGUCUCGUAAAGAAUCGUGAAAGGAAUUUGGCCAUUGCCAUUGAACGCAGUAUACGCAUGCCAUUCUUUCCUAUAUCAACCCUUAGCCGGCACAAGGAGGAUUACAAUCAGCGCAGUGGUAGGCUAAGGCAUCUCACGCAGGCCGGUGGGUACUUCAAGCUCGCCAAGUUACUCAGGCAGGAGGAGAUAAAGGGUACCUACGACUAUUCAAACAUGGAUGCAUAUCUGGAGAAUUUCAAGGCCACUGUAAAGGAGAUGUACAAUCGAUCUUUAAAGAAGAUUGUGCUUCGUCGUAGACGUAUAUGCAAGCGACGUCGCAUACUCACCAGGAGGUUGCGUUUGAUGAAGCGCUAUAACAAGGCCAUCAGGCUGAAACAGCGGAUAAUUUCUGAAGCCGAUCGUAAACGCCGUUUACGUAAAUUCACUGUGCAUUCACCUAUGAAGGGUGAUGACCGACGGUGUCCGACGAUGAAGGAUCUAAGGCCCAUUAGGGGGAAGAUCCUCGAAUUGAAGAUAAUGGAAGACAAAUUGACUCGUCGAUUGCUGGAACGCAACGAUAGUGCUCUGCGCAAAUUCAUUCGUAAGACGCAGUUGGUAGCACGUUCGUUGCAGAAAACACCAGACAGUAGCGAUACCACACAGGACCGUAAAGUGGCGUUCAGCAUCAUCGAGAAAACAAAAGAGAAGAUUGGAAAGGCUGUGAAGCGCAUAUGUUCCCUGCUUUAG